UUGUCAUGGCGGCUGCCGGGCGAGUUAUGGCCGCCCCCGCGCUCUUCCUGCUCCUCCUCUGCGCUGCCGCGGGCCCCACGCAGUGCUGGGAUCAGCCGGGGAAGGUCCUGCUGAGGGAGAUACAGGCGCUCACUCUCCACAGAGGUCAGUACACGACAUCCCGGCGGACAGCAUCAGUCCCUCAGUUACAGUGCACGGGAGGCACAGCUGGCUGUUCCCACGUCCCUGAGGUUGUUCAGUGUUAUAACAAAGGUUGGGAUGGCUAUGAUGUACAGUGGCAGUGCAAAGCAGACUUGGAAAACACCUACCGUUUUGGGAAAAUGGAAGUGAGCUGUGAAGGCUACGAUUAUCCGGAUGAUCCUUACAUCUUAAGAGGCUCCUGUAGUUUGCUGUUCAGGCUAGAGCUGACUGAGGAAGGUGAAAGGAAAGUGAAGAACUCUGGAAGCUUUGGCUCUGGCUAUUAUCAGUCAAGGAGGGAUUCUUCUGAUUCUGGUGCUGGAACGAUUGUUGUAAUUGUUCUUCUGGUUCUCGCUUUUGGAGUAUACAAGCUCUUCCUUGGCAACCAGCAGCCUCAGCAGAGUUUUGGUGACAGUGAUGGAUUCACUAGGCCUUCCUGGCAGAGUCAGCAGGCACCUCCUCCUCCUGGUUUUAAGUCCAGCUUCACAGAAGGCAACAGCUUUGGGACUCAUUCCAGCCAUGGAACCAAUUCAGGACCAGGAUUUUGGACUGGAUUAGGAGCAGGAGGCUUGCUAGGUUACUUGGCUGGCAGUCACAGAGCACAGCCACGUUCCCCAUAUUACAGUAUGUGGACGGAUCCCACAGCUGCACCUCCCAUGAAUGGGCAGUCAAGCAAUUCCACACAAGGUAGCAGUUCAGGAACAAGAACUGCUUCUGGCUUUGGGGGCACAAAACGAAGAUGAAAUCCUUGACGUUACUCCAUCUGAGUGAUUGAAUUAAAUCUUCUCUGUGCUAGCACUUUUAUUAGUAGUAGGCUUCAGAAGUGGAUAUGAGAAGAGGUGUGAAGGACUAGGCAAAGAAUUCUUUUUUUUCCCUGACGAAAUAUGGACUGUUACUCUUGUUUAGGGUAUCACAGGUGCUGGAACAUCCACUAUUUCACAACAGCAGCUUCU